AUGGAAAUUAUUGAUUAAGAGUCUCGCUUACUAAGUCAAAGAAUCCUCAAUGAAUUUCAUAUUAAUGAAAUCAGAAAUAAUUUCAUUAGCAUUCUAGGAAUCAACAAAACUCAUUUCGGGUAAUACCUCUAAAAAUUAUCUCAAGAAUCACUGAUUUCACCAAUAUUAUCUAUCAAUUGGCUGAGAACAAUCAGGUCUCAUAAUCUACAAUCGAAUAAUGGUUUAACAUUUUAGACUUAAAUAAAGAUGGAAAACUUGAUUGGAAUGAAUAUUUGAAGUUAUUUGUCGAUUACAUUAGCAAAGUAUAGUGUCUAACAUACCUAAAAUCAUUGGCAUCAUUAGAGGAAUAGAGUCAGUAAUACAUCUAUAUAAGCUUUAGAUACCUAAAAUAAUUAUAAAUAGCUUUUUUAGCAUCUCCAUUCAAAUAACUUUUCACCACCUAAAAUUUAUAAUCAGUUGAACAUGCUUUGGUUUCCCUAGAAAAUAAAUCAUCAAACAAAUAAAUUAAAAAAUAUUACUUCAUCUGUAGAGAUUCUUUUGAGCCCUCUCUAAUUCAAUUAAAUUAAGAAAUCAUAAUUUUUUAAGACUUUAAUAUUUUGCCAGUCUAAAUAAUUUAAGUUCUGAAAAUAGUUUUAUUAUAAAGAUUACCCCACGUAAAAAUUAACAAAAUAGAUUAUGUUACUUAAUUGAUUUCUACAAUAAUAAAUAAUGGUUACUGCAAUCAUAUAUUUAAAUUACUUCUUGUUGAUGAUGAAAAAGAUUCAAUUUAAUUAGAUGAAAAAUAUUAAAAUCAAAUUUUAGGAAUGCAAGCUUUAACAUUAAUUGCAGCUACCAUUCAUAUAUACAACAUUCAUAUACUAAUUCCAAUAGAAAGUGAUUUAUUGGUAGAUACAAUAUUAAAUAUCUUAGCAGAAACUUAAAAUGAUCUUAUAAUUGAAUAAGGUUACAUUCUUUUAGGACAUUUAAUUUUAUACAAUAAAAAAUUUCAACAAAUCUUAUUUACUAAGAGAUAAGCAAUUCUUGAUGUAUAAUUAAUUGAUGAUGAAAAAAUAUUUUAUCAUAGUUGGUUUAUUGGAUGUCUAUUUAGUAGAUAUGAAAAUCAUCAAGCAAGUAAAUUUAUUACUUAAAUGAAUGUAUUACCUGAUAAUUUACUUUGGCUUUAAAGUAUACUCAAUUAUUAUUAACAAUAUGGUUUAAUUUAAUCCAUUGAAAAAAAUUAGAUUAGAAUCUAAAUACAAAUAAAUAUGCUUAUUAUAAUUCAACCCUUAUUGGCUACUCAAAUUCACUAAGAUGUUCUUGUAGCACUAUUACAAUAAUUAUAAACUCAAGCUACUGAUAAUAGACUUAAAUUAUAAAUUUUAAGCACACUUAAGAAAAUAUUCAAAUUACCUUAUUAAUUAAAUUAUUAAAAUUUUACAUCAUAAAAUAUCCUCUUAUCUAACAAUCUCUUAAAUAUAUUAAUGUAACUUAUGGCAGAUCCUAAUUCAUAGAUGAGUUACAAAGCAAAGAAAUUAUUUUUUAAAACUCUAUGUCUUGAUAAUUCAGGAAUAUUAUUAAAAUAUUUAUAAGAAUCUAAUAAUUUAUAAUCAUUCCUCUUUGUUCUUGAAAGUCAAUUUGUAUAAAAUGUAGAUGCCAACUUUUAAAAAUACUUCAAAUAUUAAAUAUUAACAAUCUUAAGAUUAAUGAGUUAAGAUAGUAAUACAUUCUAGAUUCUAUCAAAAGAUCAAUGGUUAUUUAAAUUACUCAUAAAAGCACUCAAUGAUAAUAAUUAAACAUUUACUUCUAAUAAUUAAGUUAUGAUUAAUUGCCAUUAUGAUUAUCUUGUGAUUAAUGAAAUCACAGAGUAUUGUGUUACUUUUAAUUAACAUUUUCAACCAAUUUUCAGACAAAAAACUUAAUUGACAUAUUAAGCUUUAGAAACUAUAUAUUCUAUACUACCUAACAAAUAAGCGAUUAAUGAAAUUAAAUAAUACUUUGUUAAACUAUUAGAAAAUAUAGAUAAAUAUCAACCAUUACUAUUAAAAAGAUAUUUGAAACCUCUUUAUUAAUCAGUUAAUGAAAUAGUAACUCAAUUAACUAAUUUGACUUUAUCAUUGAAUGAUCUUAUUAAGAAUAAUCAAGUCUUUCAUAAUAACUUCAUCAAUUUCUUAUAAUUUUUAAUAAACGAUCUUGCAGUAUUUUAGGAUUAUUUAACAACUAAAAAAGAGGUAAUUGAUGAUACUUUAUUAAUAAUUGGAACUGAAGCUACUUAUGAUGGUUGUGUUGUUACAACUGUUUAUUUAAAUACUUAUUAAAAUAAUUCUAGAUGUAAAAUUGUUUUAAAACCAUAACUUACCUUAUUAGAAUUUGAAAAACAUGUUGAGUAAGGUCUAUAAAUUACAAGUCCUCUCUUAUAUUUAGUAAUUAAUUAGAAUCAUCCUAAUAAAAUACCUUAUGAUGAUUUUUCCAUCAUUGAUGAAUUAUGUUUUAGAAAAUUCAAAGAACUUGCUGAUUAAUUUAUAGAUACAUAAUUUGGAAGUGUUAAAGUUUCUUAAGAAGUCAUUGCUGUAGAACUCUUUAGAUUAAAAAUGGAAGAUUAUUCCAUGAAAAAAAUUUAUGAAAUCUUAAACAAAGGUUCAUCAUAUAUUGAAUUCAAAUAAAUUCAAGACAAUCAAAUGUUAUGGUUUUUAGAAAAUAAUUCAGGUAAUUAUAAUUUAUUGAACUUUUUAGACACUAAAGAUAAAGGAUAAUAAUUGCAAUAAAUAUUUCAACUUACCAAACUCCCAUAUACAUAUAUUGAAAAUCUUUUUGAUGUAUUUUUAAUCCUAAUAUUAUAAAUAGUCUAUCAAUCAAUUUUUUGAUAAAAAUAAUCUAUAACAGUAAUAUAGAUAAAUAUCUCAAGUUAAUUUUGUAGAUUAUUUGACAGAUAUGAAAGUUCCAUUUUUAUUAGCCAAAAAAAUUGCCUCCUUUCUUGCUAGAAAUGGAUUAGCAAAUCCUGUUGAUUUUUAAGAUUUUAUAUGCUUUGUAUCCAUCUUUUAUCAGUAGAGGUAAAUUUUAUAAAUCUAUUACUUUUUUAAGUUUUAAUGAAACCAUUAUCAUGAAGUUUACUUACCUUUUAUAUGCAAACAAACAAGGAAUCUUUGGUUAAGAUUAAUUAUGUGAUUAUUUAGAAACCAUUUUUGUAAUUAAUUUAUCAUUAACAUUAUUAGGUUAUUUAAGAAUAGAAUAUUAAUGUAUAAUAAAUUAAUGAAUGGGGUUCAAGUUUAUUUAAAAAAAUUGAUUAAAAUUAAGAUGGCCAUAUUUCAUUUUAUGAAUACCAUGCUCUAUUAAAAGAAGAAUAAUAUAGAGCUAAAUUAUUAGAUCCAAUCUGUGCUCUAUUUACAAAUUUACCAUUUCAAAAUACAACUAAUCGUUUCUUUUUUGGAACACCUUAAAAAUUGUUUAGAAGUUGA